AUCACAAUGACUUCCGCACAAAACGCCAGAUGCCUAUUUUGUCCCUUCGCCGGACCCGUAUUUAGCUGGAAGCUGGUUUGUUUUGACUUUUUGCUAUAGACUCUCCGGUCCGUAACCGAGUUCAAGCUGCAGCACCAUGUCUGACAAAAGUGAACUGAAAGCAGAGCUUGAAAGGAAGAAACAACGCUUGGCCCAAAUCAGAGAGGAAAAGAAAAGGAAAGAGGAGGAACGCAAGAGGAAGGAGGCAGAACAACUCAAAGAUACUGCCAUUCACCAUGAAGAGUCUGACUUGGAGAAGAAGCGUUGUGAAGCUGAUGCCCUGCUACAAAGCUUUGGAAUAGCUUCAGAUGUUCCUGUUGUUCCCCCUCCUAUGUCUCCAACUGCCAAAUCAGCGGACACCCUAAGUGAGACAGGGAGCCAGGACUCGGAUGGAGCUGUUGGACCAAGGACUCUGCACUGGGACUCUGACCCGUCCACUCUUCAGCUUCACUCUGAUUCUGAGCUGGGGCGGGGCACUUCGAAACUGGGAAUGGCCAAAGUCACUCAGGUGGACUUCCCUCCACGUGAGACUGUAUCUUAUACAAAAGAAACGCAGACACCUGCAAUGACACAGCAAAAAGAAGAUGAGGAAGAAGAAGAAGAAGAAGAAGAAGAAGAAGAAGUUGCUCCACCACAGCCAAUAGUCGAGACUCAGACUGAGAAGCUGGACCUCAAAGAGGAAGAAGAAGUGACCCUCCACGAGCUGACCGAGGAAGAGAAACUUCAGAUUUUGCACUCGGAGGAGUUUGUGAAUUUUUUCGACCACAGCACUCGCAUCAUCGAGCGGGCUCUGUCGGAGCACGUGGACCUCUUUUUUGACUACAGUGGCCGCGACCUGGAGGAGAAUGAGGGUGAAAUCCAGGGUGGGGCAAAACUUUCACUGAAUAGACAAUUCACAGAUGAACGCUGGUCCAAGCACCGUGUUGUCACCUGCCUGGAUUGGUCACCACAGUAUCCUGAACUACUGGUUGCCUCCUACAACAACAACAUGGAUGCUCCUCACGAGCCAGAUGGCGUGGCCUUAGUGUGGAACAUGAAGUACAAGAAGACUACACCGGAGUACGUCUUCCACUGUCAGUCUGCCAUUAUGUCCGCUGCCUUCGCCAAGUUCCACCCGAAUGUGGUGGUCGGGGGCACAUACUCAGGCCAGAUUGUUCUGUGGGACAACAGGAGCAACAAGAGAACUCCAGUGCAGAGGACACCCCUGUCUGCAGCCGCACAUACGCACCCGGUUUACUGUGUCAACGUGGUUGGCACCCAGAACGCCAACAACCUGAUCAGCAUCUCCACUGAUGGCAAGAUGUGCUCCUGGAGUCUGGACAUGCUCUCUCAGCCACAAGACAGCAUGGAGUUGGUGUUUAAGCAGUCCAAAGCCAUUGCCGUCACCUCCAUGUCUUUCCCACUGGGAGAUGUAAACAAUUUCGUGGUGGGCAGUGAAGACGGCUCCGUCUACAUGUCGUGUCGUCAUGGAAGCAAAGCAGGCAUCAGCGAGAUGUUCGAGGGCCACCCCGGGCCCAUCACAGGCAUCCACUGCCACACAGCCGCUGGGCCGCUGGACUUCUCCCAUCUCUUUUUGACCUCGUCUUUUGACUGGACAGUCAAACUGUGGAGCACCAAGAACAACAAGCCGCUCUACUCGUUUGAGGACAACUCGGACUACGUGUACGACGUCAUGUGGUCUCCGACUCACCCAGCUCUGUUCGCUUGUGUGGACGGUGUGGGCCACCUGGACCUGUGGAACCUCAACAAUGACACUGAGGUCCCAACAGCCAGCGUGACCGUGGACGGGAACCCGGCCCUCAACAGGAUCCGAUGGGCUCCUUCUGGAAGAGAAAUCGCCGUGGGAGACUCCGACGGACGUGUCCUGGUGUAUGAGAUUGGGGAGCAAAUCGGUGCCCCGCGGAACGACGAGUGGAGCCGUUUCGUCCGCACGCUAGCUGAGAUCAACGAAAACAGAGAUGACGCCGAGGAGCUGGCGGCUCAGCGUCUGACUGUGUGAUGACGCCGCACAUUGCCGCAGUGUGUUCAGGGACCAUCAGCGGACUCGUUAAUGCGACCUCCGCUCUGAUGGGGGCUUCAAAGUUCCCCGCUGAGAGACGAGUCAGCUGAUAAUUUCCAGCUCGUCUUUUGGGAACAGGUCAAACAUCAGAGCCACACUUGCAAAACCCCAAAUGUUUUUUUUGUUUGCUUUUCAACCGAAUGCCUUAAACAUUUGAAAUUCAACUCCCCGUCUAUAGCUCGGUCAUGUUGACACCCGCCGUACAUGAAUUCUUCAAGCCAAAUAUUUUCUCUGCACCGCAUUCCUCCUCUUAUUUCUCUUCCUCCAUUUUAUGGAAGCAAUCACAUCUUUAGAAUGUUAACAUCUCUUUAACUGUAGCUCAUCUGCAUGAAUAAGUCCAGAGGGUUCUAUGUUGUUCAACGUAAUGUUUCUUACAGCUCUUACCAGAAUGUCCUCCAUGCAUAAGAUGAUCAUCUAUGCUGUAAACACUCAGUGAUUUAAAGAUCUAUAAAGUAAGUUGAUAAUA